AUGCGCUACACUGGACUAUACGCUGCGGCUCUGGUCGCACCCCUCGUGGCUGCUCACAGCGACUUCCCUGUACCGAAGAUUGUUGGUCUAGGACCCCGAGAGAUUGGUCAACUCAGGAGCAGGAACAUUCUUGGUGGACAUGCGGCGCACGUUGCAGGGCCCAAUCUACGUUUGACAGCACGUCAAGGUGGCAUUGAUGGUCGGUGCGGACCGAAUAACAGCGGUGCGAGCUGUGCCGAGGGCUACUGCUGCUCUGUGGAGGGCUACUGUGGUCAGGGAGGUGACUACUGUGAAGCACCCGACUGUCAGUUCCAGUACGGCCCUGCCUGUGAUGCCAACAAACUCCCUACUGGAGGCAGCACUCGCAACAUUGCUCGUCCCAAGCUCGGCAACCAGCCAUACGGUGGAGAGGGCAUCUACGAUUGCACUGAGCCAAACACGGUUGCCAUCACAUACGAUGAUGGCCCAUACAUCUACACUGAAGGUGUGUUGGAUCAGUUCAAAGCUGCCGGAGCAAAGGCCACUUUCUUCGUCACCGGUGUCAACAUCAACAAGGGCGCAAUUGACGACACAAGCAAGCCGUGGGCUGCUACCAUCAAGCGCAUGAUCGCCGAGGGACAUCAAGUUGCCAGUCACACAUGGUCGCAUCAAGAUCUUAGUGCCAUCACCAGUCAACAGCGAUACGACCAGAUGGUCAGGAACGAGAUGGCCUUCGCCAACAUCAUGGGCAAAUUCCCCACAUACAUGCGCCCGCCAUACUCCUCUUGCACCGCAGCCUCAGGAUGCCAAAAGGACCUCGCUGAUCUAGGAUACGUCGUGUCCUACUUCGACCUCGACACCGACGACUACAACAACGUAACUCCAGACAAGAUCCAAAACGCCAAGGACAACGUCAAGAAGGCCAUCGACCCCAGUAACCCCCAGACGGACGCUUUCCAGGCCAUUGCACACGAUAUUCACGAGCAGACCGCUAAAAACCUGACUGGCUACAUGAUUGAAACCAUGAAGGCAAAGGGAUACAAGCUGGUUACUUUGGGCGAGUGCUUGGGCGAGCCUCAGACCAACUGGUACCGAGACGCUUCUUCUGGUCGCGUAGCCACCACGUCUGUCUUCACCCCUCCUGUUGCGGGUCCUACAUCAUCUGGAAGCGUUAGUUCCGCCGCACCUGCUGCCACUCCUACGGGCGUUUCCACGGAUGCCACCUGCGGAGGUACAUCUGGCUUCACCUGCCUUGGCUUCGCCCAAGGCGAAUGCUGCUCCCGCUACGGCUUCUGUGGAAACACCGACGGUCACUGCGGAGUAGGCUGCCAGGCCGGUUUCGGAAAAUGCGGUAACAAUGGCACUGCCCCGUCGUCUGGAAGUGGCAGUGCUUCUCAGCCAGCCGCUACUGGUGCUUCUUCAUCUGCGUCUGCUCCUACAUCUGCUCCCAGCGGUCUUGUUACUACGACUGAUGGCUCCUGCGGAGGUACAUCUGGUUUCACGUGCGUUGGUUUCGCAGACGGCGAGUGCUGCUCUCAGUACGGCUUCUGCGGUAAGACGACUGACUACUGUGGAACGGGCUGCAACCCGCUCUUCGGAAACUGCGCUGGGUCUUCUGGGUCCCCGGCACCUUCGAGCGCUGCUCCUUCCACAGCGGCUCCUUCGACCGCCGCACCUACUACCGUAUCCACAUCUACCCGUCCCGUCGUCACAAGCACCAGCACCAGCACUCGCGCGACUACCACCAGUACACGCACUUCCACUGCCCCGGCUGCUACUUCCUCCCCCGCGGGCCUCAAGGUGAGCAAGAACCGCUUGUGUGGUGCGCGCACCCAGCAGACGUGCAAAGGCUCUGCUUAUGGUAACUGCUGCAGCCCCGCUGGCAUUUGCGGAAACAGCCUGCUGUCCUGCAUGAAGAUGUUUGGAUGCCAGCCUGGGUUUGGUGACUGCCGGUAG